AGCUGUCGCCAGUAACUUUCUUGCCGAUGUACUCUUUGGUGUGUUCAUACGAUAGCUAGCAUUCAGGCGUUAUAUAGAAGAUUUUCCAUUUUUUCUUAUUCGAUUCUCGAAAGGAUUUAUCGACUUCGGACAAUAUUCAUAAAAUCCACGUCCCUGUUAAAUGGACAAUUAUUUAGCAAAGUUGUGAAAUUCGAUGCGGAAGAACACGGUGGUCGUUACUGUUACGAAAGACAGGUGGAUUAAUUUUUCUUCACACCCCCAUCAUAUAUGAAAGAGGAUUAUGAAUGUGGACUAAAUCGAUUAAUAUCGAGGUGAUAGUGAUUUGCUUCCUGUCGAUUAUACCAUGGCCCGGCCCGAGCGUCUUCAAAAUAUCCUGCUCAAGGGACAGCUCCCGUGUGGUGCGAAAGAUAGUGCAAUCGAAAUGGUUGCCUAUUCUGGAGAAGUACCAGGUCCAACUCCCUCUCGAGUGCCCGUUUCACCCACUGCGCGAUAUCUUUGGGCCGCAGCAAAGCGCUAAGAAACAGCACCGCCCCAGCCAGUGGACCUGUGGGUUCUGUGGAAAGAGUUUCUUCGAGGAAAAACACCUCGACAUGCACUUUGAAAGCCGCCACCGGAGCAACAUCAACAUGGCGGAAGAUGCCGUCUGCCUGGCGGAUUACUGCGACAUGAUGCGUUGUGAAGUACUCAUUGCGAAGGACGCAACGCUCUCGUUCGGUGGGGACCCGAACAUGAUGUCCACCGACAUCGAGGUGUGGAGCGAGUCCACCGCAUACCGAACGGCGCUCUCAACUUCCGGUCCAAGAGAUUUGGCGAAAGUGCCAGUGAGGAAAUCAUUCUUCCCUAAGAUACUACAAACGCUUAAAAAUGAUAUCCUAAAUGGGCACAAAACACAAACAUCUUCACUCGAGGAGAAUCAGCUUGCAAAUUGCGAUGCUUCCGAACAUCGUAAACGCCGAGCGAACAAACAUUCUCCCGACGAAGAUGUACUCGAUCAACUAGUUAAUGUUGACGAUGAUGGCGACGAUGAGGACGAAGAGGAUGAGGAGGAUGAAGACGACGAUGAAAAUGAUAACGACAAUAACGCGACAUCGCAGUGCGAUCAAAAUCUUGUCGACUCCUCGUUGCCACCCGUUGAUCGAAAGCAGCAGAAUUUGUCGGCAAUGCAACGAAUGAAAGCUAACUGCAAGUCGGAGGAGCUUGAUCAGUUGAAAACUCGUUGUGAAAUACUGGUCCGCGAUUGCAUCGUUGGACUGCUGGUACAGUUAUCUCUAGAAGACUUCAAAAGCAUGGAAGAAGAGUUGAACCGGGCGGUCUGUUGGUACUUGUCGUGCGAACGAUACUGGGAGGAUGGACCGUUAGACCAGAGACCCUUCCCAUGGGGAUUGGUAUUUGUGCUAGUGAUGGUUCUGUCACUGGGGGUCUGUCUGUGCUACUACAUCAUAUGGAUUUUAUUUGACAGUGAGGACCACAGCCCAAUUGGAAGCAAUCAAAUUACUGCUCACCCAAGUCCCACCCAUGGAAGACACUAUUUGCAGCCCCAGUCGGCUAGUAUCUACCAUCUGCAAGACGGUGGCCACUCCGCCACUAGUCUCAACAGUCUAGGCCAGAUGUCUAACAUAAACGUCGCAACGACAGGAGCUUCAAGUGGAACUGAUCUGCAACAUACACCACAGAUCCACGCUGCACAAGUACAAUAUGGCGACGAAGGCGGGUACGGAUACACGGCUGAGGGAACGAACGCAACCGUGGCAGACGGUGCGGCCAUCCUAAGUGGGACAGCCGGUGGAACCGAAUUUAGCGAGCUAGGACAAAGCGAACACUACAUCUACGUUACCUAUCCGCCAGAACUGAAACGAAGACUACUAGAAAGCUGCUACAAUAGAACGACCCGACUGUAAAAAUUAGAAUGAGACUAUUAAAGCAAGCAGCGAGAAAAUAUUGAAUCACUCGCUAAGGGUUAAUCACAAAAUCCAUAAGUAGACUAACACUAACUGGUUACUAACAUUGUUGAACUCAAUGUUAUUAGCAGGAAUCAACAAUUGUUCUAACAAGUGUAAUAGAAAUCACAACGAUAGUGCUUUUCACAAAGUAAAUAUAAAGCUUUAAUAAGCAAAGGAUAGGUUUUGAGAAAUCUAAAACAGUGAGUCAAUCUGUAGGACCUAGAUCUUAUGAUUUAACACGCUUACAUCGUUUUGUAGACGGGUAGAUACCACUUUUGUUAUUUCAAUAGUGAAUAGCUGGUUUUGGUUCUACAUUUCUCAUUCAACAAUCCAUGUUCUAUUACAAUACCAUAAUGAUUUCAAUAAAUGACCUGGUGAAGCUGCCGGCACUUAACUUUAAUCUAGCGUAUACUUAUCAUCAGUCACAAAUAAGACCAAAAUGAAGGGCAGAUGAUUACUAUUGUUCCAUGUUCCAUGGAAUAGUAAACCAAAAAACGCUCCUUGCACUGUUCAUAACUAUAAAGUACAAACAGAACACUUACUAACCGUAAUACUGAGUUUUGAAUUCUGAAGUCGCUUCAUAAUAGUUAAAAUUAGUAUAAAACCGAGUCGCCAUACGGUUUUGUACGCAUCGUGAGUGCCGCGAACGAAUAAAUGGCAGCUCCCUAUUUUGGCAGCAAGUUUAGCUCAACUGAACCAAUUUGUAAAAAUAAAUUUAAAUAAUCGAUAAUCAAUUUUCCACUUUAAUACAAAAGAAAAAAGAAGAAGAAAAAAAUCAUCGCAAGAAAGAGUUUACUGAUUUUUUCUUUCCCGUAUACUUUUGAACAAAAAAAAAUUCAAUUCAAUCCGGAUGACACGUAGAGUAAACUAUAAUGAUAAAAAAUAAGACAAAUUCUGAUGUAAUGAGCAUUACUAGACAUGUGAAGAGAAUGCGGAUAAAUACCAUUUAUCUGAAUAAAAGAAAUUUAUAA